AUGGCGCCCACCUCAUCACUGGCCUUGGCCUCUGUGGCCGAGAGCAUGGUGCUGGCCCGCUACGCUCCAGCCUACAGCAUCACGAACUCCAAUUUUCUUAGGCCCCUGGCUUUGUUCUGGAUACAGAUGUUGCUUUGGUUUACAUGGUCUGCGGUCAUCUAUCCGCAUUUCCUCAGCCCCCUGAGGCAUCUGCCUCAGCCGAAGGGCGGCCAUUGGUUGAUGGGGCAUUUCAACAAGAUCCGGAAAGAAAACACCGGAGAACCUGCCCGAGAAUGGUCCCAGACCGUCCCCAAUGAAGGACUCAUCUACUAUCGCUUCGCUUUCAACUCCGAGCGAGUGCUUGUGACAUCGCCUAAAGGCCUUGCAGAAGUACUGGUUCACAAGAACUACGAAUUCAUCAAGCCCGGAACUAUUCGUGACGGUAUUGGAAGGAUUCUCGGCAUUGGCAUCCUCCUCGCCGAGGGUGAUGAGCACAAGAGGCAGAGAAAGCUGCUUAUGCCUGCCUUCCAUUUCCGUCACGUCAAAGAUCUGUACCCUGUUUUCUGGACCAAGGCUCAAGAGGCUGCUCAAGCCAUGAUUGCUGCGAUUCAGCAGCCCGCGCCUUUGGCAGAGAAGCCGUCUUCCGUCGUCGAUAUUGCCAACUGGGCUUCGAGAGCGACCUUGGAUAUCAUCGGCGUUGCAGGCAUGGGCAAGGACUUCGGAGCGGUUGCCGACCCCAACAGCGAACUCAAUGCUACCUACAGGAGGAUUUUCUCGCCAAAUGCUGUCGCGCGCUUCCUGCAACUUCUCGGCCUCAUUAUCCCAUUCUGGGUUCUGCGGAAGCUACCUAUCAAGAGGAACAUGGAGGUUGAUGAAGCGGCCGAGACCAUCAAACGGAUAUCCCGGGAAAUCAUCCAAAGCAAGCGGAAACACUUGGAAAAGAACGAACGCACCGAAGUCGACAUUGUCUCUGUUGCUCUUGAGUCUGGAGGCUUCAGUGACGAGGAUCUGGUCAACCAGAUGAUGACUUUCCUCGCCGCCGGCCACGAAACAACGGCGACCUCACUCACGUGGGUAGCUUACCUUCUCGCCAAGCACCCCGAUGUGCAGAAGCGCCUUCGUGAGGAAAUCCGCGCGAACUUGCCUUCCCCAGAAUCCGGGAAACAGAUCACUUCUACGGAUAUCGAUCGGCUGCCGUACCUGAACGCCGUGUGCAACGAAGUUCUUCGUUUCUACGCCCCCGUCCCAAUGACACUCCGUAUCUCGGACAGAGACACAACCAUUCUCGGCAAAUUCAUCCCUAAAGGCACGACAAUCGUGCUGUCGCCGUGGGCAACGAACACGAGCAAAGAGCUUUGGGGAGAGGAUGCGAUGGAAUUCAACCCUGAUCGCUGGCUGGGCACCGGCCGUGCCAACACCGGAGGUGCGGACAGCAAUUACAGCUUCCUGACCUUCCUGCAUGGGCCGAGAAGCUGCAUCGGUCAGGCCUUUGCAAAAGCGGAGUUCGCGUGCUUGGUGGCAGUGUGGAUUGGCAAGUUUGAGAUGGAGCUGGCCAACCCUGAUGCGGAGCUGGAACUGCAAAGUGGCAUUACUGCUAGACCAAAGGGCGGGCUGCCCGUGAAACUAAAGGUUGUCGAUGGUUGGUAG